GACUUUAUUCACGCCUCGGUAUCGAUUAUCUCAAAACGAGGCUGAUAACGCAUGGUUGAUUUACACGGUCCGUGCUCAGAAAAAAAAUGGCGACGGCAAAACAAGGAUUAAGUGAUGUUGGUUGGACCCGAAAUCUGAAACCAAUUCCAAAUAUUUCUAUGGGAGAAGUGCAGGAAAUUAUAAACAAACACUCAAAGGUUCCAAGCAAGCAUCUAGAUAGAGGAUACAGGCAUUUUUUCGGACACCAUGUGCACGGUAUCGAAGUGAAAGUCCAUCCUAGGGGAUGCUUUGUUCGAGCCAAGUGCUGCAGAUCUUUUGACAAGAAGGGUGCAGUUUGGAAUGUACAUAUAUCCAUGCUGAAUUCCAAGGAGAUCGAGUCACAGUCAUGUGCAUGCAGUGCUGGAAAGGGUUCGUGCGCCCAUGUUGCAGCCUUAGUUAACCAGGUGGCCCACUACAAGACGCUUCACAAGACAACUGUGCCAGAACUGGUGUCGAAAACAUCUUGCCCGCAGUCUUUUCACAUUCCAUCAAAAGUUGACGGCAUCAAACCAAGACCUGUCAAUGAGGUCUCAUUUGUCAAGCCAAACCCUAAGAAGUCACUUCAUGAACAAUCAGAGUCCUGUAUUUGCAGCACUCUGUAUAAUCCUGUGAACACACCCUACCCUGACAAUUCAUUUGUGGAUGGCAUACAGACAUUGUUACCACUAUGUGAUGACACUCUACAGAUUUUUAAGAUUUUGCCACAAACAAGUAAUCCUCCACCAGUGAAAACAACUGCAUAUGGGAGAGUGUAUAUUGGUAGUACAUUGGCACAUCAGUUACCGGAGCCAAAAGCAGAUGGCAGCAUAUUUCGGAUACCUGAGGGGCCAGAGUUUCCAAAGCUUCCCGUGCAUGAUCGUUAUGUACAACCAGUCUAUGCCACAGUAUUGACUGAGAAUGAAUCUCUGUUUAUGGAUAGCAUGCAGGUAUCAGAGAGUGAAUCUGUUGAGAUUGAGCGUGAGACACGAUCACAAAGUCUCAAUCCACUCUGGAACAGACUACGACAAAAGUGGUUGACUGCUUCAAUCUUUAAGGAUGUAGUGAGUCGACAGAAGGACUUCGAAUCACUCGUGGAACGUCUAACAAGUGGUAGAAAAAUACAGACAGCUGCCAUGAAACAUGGACUGGAACAUGAAUGUGAGGCAGCUCUUGAAUACUCAACCCAUAAACAAGUGAAUGUAAGACCAUGUGGAUUCGUUAUAAAUCCAGCAGCUCCAUUCAUCGGUGCGUCUCUAGACAGAAUUGUGUAUGACCCUUCAGAGUCUGAUCCUUUCGGCCUCCUAGAGAUAAAGUGCCCGUUAAAGGAGUCAUACAAGGAAGCACCAUGUCUGAAAGAAAACUCUGAUGGGACAUUUAGUCUUCGGGAAAGUAACUCCUACUAUAUGCAGGUCAUGGGACAAAUGGCAGUUACUGGACUUCCAUGGUGUGACUUGUGUGUCUGGACAGAAAACGACAUGCAUAUCGAGAGAAUUUAUUUUAAUGACAAAUUGUGGUCUGAUAUGUUUUCCAAACUAAGUAUAUUUUACCAUCAGCAUCUGAUAAAGAAAUUUGUUUAGAGCAACAUGAGCUCUAUUCUCUCAUAAAUAUACUGAAAGAGGUUGCGUUGUUGUCAUAGCUGUGCUAUUUGCCUAGUAAUCAAGAACUCAUGCGUUUGAUCACUAAUCUCAUAAUGUUUUCAUGAUCUAAUUCACUAAGUACUGGUUCUUCCCAGAAAAGUAGCUUUCUAUUCAAUAAAGUAAUGGUUCUUCCCAGGAAAGGAGCUUUCAAUGCAAUAAAGUAUUGGUUCUUCCCAGGAAAGGAGCUUUCAAUGCAAUUAAGUACUGGUUCUUCCCAGGAAAGGAGGUUUCAAUGCAAUUAAGUACUGGUUCUGCCCAGGAAAGGAGGUUUCAAUGCAAUAAAGUACUGGUUCUUCCCAGGAAAUGAGCUUUAAAUGCAAUACAGUUAAAAUAAAUAAGUUUAAAUUACCGGGUAGCUUAUAUACUGAUAUAAUCAUCUUUUGAUAAUGUUAAUAAACAUAGAUAUCCAUA